AUGCGCAUCUCGCUUGAAGCUAUGACGGCCGUGCUGGCCUGUCUCUCCACCGGCGUUGCGCUCCAAAUCGCUCCCGACACGCCGCUCUCCGACUUGGUCUCCUCAGCCAAGGCCCAUCUCGCCAAAGGCUCGCCGCGCGAUGCCCUGGUCUACUUUGAUGCGGCCGUCACCCGCGACCCAACCAAUUAUAUCACCAUCUACCAGCGGGGCGCCGCAUAUCUAUCCAUCGGCAAGAAUUCCCAGGCUUCAGAGGACUUCAACCGGGUGUUGGAACUCAAGCCCGAUUUCGAAGGCGCGCUUCUCCAGAGAUCCCGAUUACAGGCACGAUCCGCCCAUUGGGAGGAAGCACUACGGGAUCUCGAACGUGCAGGGAAGAAGGACUCCGCCGAUUACCAGGAGCUGGAGGCGGCACGAGAUGCGGCCGCCCUCGCGCUUGCCGCCGAGAAGAAGGGUGAAUGGGAGGCCUGCAUCACUCAUGCCGGAGUCGCCAUCCUGAAGGCGAAUACUGACCUCUCCCUGCGGCAAGCUCGAGCACGCUGCCGGUUUGAAAGAGGCGAGGUGGAAGAGGGCGUAAGCGACCUAGCGCAUGUUCUCCAGAUCUCACCACACUUGGUGGAGCCUCACCUACAAAUGUCCUCCAUGCUCUUCUAUGCAUUGGGUGAUAGCGAUCGUGGUCUAGCUCAGAUCCGCCGGUGCUUGUUGACCGAUCCCGACUCGAACCCGUGCAACCGUCUCUAUAAAAGGGAACGACAACUGUCGAAGCUCUUAGGAAAAUUACACAGCGCUCUGGAGGCGCGCAAGUUCAGCAAUGCCGUCAAACUCAUGGUUGGCGAUGCUGAUGACAGCGGUUUGAUUGCGGAUGUGAAGGCUGAUGUCGCUGAGGGCAGAGAAGCAGGCCAUAUUCACCGUGCAGCAUCCAAUAAUCUCUAUAUCUUCUUGAUAGAGAAAACCUGCGAAGCUUACCGAGAGAUGCGCAUGGUGAAGAAGGCAGGUCCCUAUUGUUCUGAAUCUCUUCAGCUGGUUCCAUACUCGCUUCACGGUCUGUUGUACCAGGCCAACGCUGAAUUAGAGGAGGAUCGAUUCGAGGAGGCGGUUCGUACAUUGAACACAGCCAAAGAGCACCAUCCCCAUUCCCAGGAUGUCCAGUCGCUUCUUCAAAAAGCACAGGCGCUCUUGAAGCGCUCCAAGCAGAAGGAUUACUACAAGGUGUUGGGUGUCAGCCGUGAUGCAGAUGAUCGAACUAUCAAGCGAGCCUACCGCCAAUUAACGAAGCAGCAUCAUCCCGAUAAGGCCCACGCCCAGGGUGUAUCUAAGGAGGAAGCAGAGAAGAAGAUGGCUUCCAUCAACGAGGCGUACGAGGUCUUGUCCGACUCUGAGCUCCGAACCAGGUACGAUAAUGGCGAUGAUCCCAACGAUCCCGAGUCCCGGCAGCGAGGGCAUCCAUUCCAGGGACAUCCCUUCGGCCAGGGUGGCCAGCAAUUUGUGUUCCAGCAGGGUGGCGGGCAGUUCAAGUUUGGCGGCCAGGGCUUCAACUUUCCUGGUGGGUUUCCAUUCCGCUGA